AUGCUCGCCCUCACGCCGACGGACCUUGCUAUUUUGGCUUUUGUGUUCGCUGUCGGCCAUGUCUGCAUCAGCUACAUUAGGAAUCCUUUACGCAAAGUUCCUUCUGCGCACCCGUUAGCGCACUUUACUUCUCUCUGGAUAGAUUCGAUUCGCUGGCGGUCGAUUGAAAAUGCCACUCUGAAAGCAGCACACGACCGCCUGGGACCAAUUGUCUGCCUUGGACCCAAUGAAGUCAGUGUCAAUUGUGUGAAAGGCGGAAUCCGAGAUGUGUACACCGGCGGGUUUGAGAAGGGGAGCAGUGGAAAGGGCGGAUACAAUUGGUAUUCUUUCUUCUCAAACUAUGGGGGAGUCGAUAACAUGUUUUCCACCGGAAGCAAUAAGCCGCACUCGAGAAGGAAGAGGAUGUUGAGCAACAUCUACAGCAAAUCCUUUGUCACUGCAAAUGAGGCUCUCCGGGCGCAAAUGUCUACCAUCCUAUAUGCCCGCUUCUUGCCAUAUCUUGCAUCAACUUUCGACAAUGCUGAGUCUGGAGUACUCAAUAUGUACGCGCUACUCAGCGCGACUACCAUGGAUAUCGUCACAGGCUACAUCUUCGGGCUCAAUGCCAGCUCGAACCUUAUCGACAACCCAAAGCAGUUGGCCUGGUUUCUCGAUUUGUACAACUCACGUCGAUCAUACAACUUCUGGCCUCAGGAGUUCCCCGGGCUCACAGCAUUUGUGGAAAAGCGGCUCGGGUAUAGACUGACGCCGAAAUGGGUUGACGAAGCGAAUAGCGAGAUCGAGAAGUGGACGGCGAACAUGUGCGAACGCGCCCACGCAUGGUUGAUUUCAGGCGACGGGAGUCGAGAGCGCCUGCCGGUUGUGUAUCAGCAUCUCUCGCAGGCUCUCACCAAAGAAGCGGACAGGAACGGCAGGCCGUCGAGAACACCCCUUGCGAGUGAAGUGCUUGACCAUCUAGCAGCAGGCUUCGAUACAUCUGGGAUAACACUCACCUACAUCAUCCACGAGCUCUCGCAACAUCCCAAUAUCCAGGCUCGUCUCCAGCAUGAGCUUCUUGCUCUAUCACCACGCUUGAUGUCCUCGUCAUCGCCAGGUCUUCCAGAUCCCAAGACAGUAGACGCUCUACCCGUCUUACACGCUGUGAUCUGGGAAACACUCCGACUACACUCGGCCAUUCCAGGCCCGCAGCCGCGUUUUACACCACCGCAAGGUUGUCGCCUUGGUACCGAAGACAAGGUAUUUUAUGUUCCUGGUGGUGUGAGGGUCAGCGCGAGUGCAGGCUUGCUGCACCUAAACGAGGCGGUUUAUGAGCGCGCUAGCGAGUGGAGGCCAGAUCGGUGGCUGGAAAUGGAGAAGCUCGAUGCUGAGAAGAGGAAGGACAUGGAGAGUAGAUGGUUCUGGGCUUUUGGAAGUGGCGGACGCAUGUGUGUUGGAAGUCAUCUGGCGGUGUACCAGAUGAAGUACAUUGUCGCUGCACUGUAUUCGAACUACAGCACAACAAUCGUGGACGAUACGGAUAUUGAGCAAUCAGACGCCUAUACUGCCCCUCCAAAGAGCGAAAAACUCAUGAUCAGGUUGAAUAAGCUGUAUCCAUGA